UCGGCACAUUGUUGCUGCACUGCUCUUUCUCUCUGCGGUAUGCGCACUGCACUGGUGGGUGGGCAGAACGCCGGGCUUUACAGAGGGAGCAAGAUCUACAUUCACUCAUACCGCCUUUUAGUCCUAGCUCGCUUGCUCUGGUUUCGGUAGAGUGCCUUGGGAAUAGAUUUAUACACACCGCAUUAUUUUUUCAUUAAAAAAAAAAGGCUUUCCACUGAGACCUAAAAGAUCGUUUUAACCCUUUCUCCACAGUAUUCAAGUGUUGAAUAGUUCUCAUCUCCUGCAGUUUAUCACUCUCAAAGAGAGUGUUUGCCCCUCGGCGUUUUACUCUGUGAGUGCACAUUUAUUUCGUCCAGGACUUCAAGCAACAAAAUGGCAAAGGAUGGUAAGAAGAGCGAAUGGAAAGAGUUCAUCUGGAACCCGAGGACCCGUGAGUUCUGCGGGAGGACCGCCAGCAGCUGGGGUUUGAUCCUGCUGUUUUACCUGGCAUUCUACAUUUUCCUGGCUGGAUUAUUUGCUCUCACCAUUUAUGUAAUGUUGCAGACACUCGAUGACCACAAACCAACAUACCAGGACAGACUUGCAACACCAGGGAUGAUGAUCAGACCUAAAGGAGAGCAACUGGAGAUCACUUACACUGCAGAGUACACAGAGACCUGGGAAAAAUAUGUCCAGACCCUCAAUAACUUCCUCUCAUCUUACAAUGACACAGUCCAGGACCAGAAAAAUUAUGAUUGUAAACCGGAUCAGUACUUUAUCCAGGAGGACAGUGGCAGUUUGACAAACUUUCCUAAGCGCUCCUGCCAAUUCAAACGUUCCAUCUUGGAGGAAUGUGCGGGUAUGACAGAUCGUUACUAUGGUUACAACAUGGGACAGCCUUGCAUAAUCAUCAAGCUAAACAGAGUGAUCGGUCUGUUACCUGGGAAGGAAGGAGAGGCUCCUUUUGUCACAUGUGGUGCUAAGAAAUACAAAGUUGGGAAAGAUGAGUGGGCUGAUGACUCAGAUAAACUUGGUGAACUGAUUUACUUUCCCCCCAAUGGCACCUUCAACCUUAUGUACUACCCAUACUAUGGCAAGAAAGCCCAGGUAAACUACUCUCAGCCUCUUGUGGCCAUUAAGUUCCUCAACAUCACCAAGAACGUGGACGUCAACGUGGAGUGCAAGAUCAAUGCUAACAACAUUCCUGAUGGCACCGAACGAGACAAGUUUGCUGGACGCAUUUCCUUCAAACUGAGGAUCAACUCCAGGGAUUAAUAAGAAGAAAGUGUGUUCCAUAAUUGUACACAGACACACACACAUCCUCCCCAUCUAACUAUGUUAUAACUACUGCUAUGACUAUGUGCAGAAGACACAAUGAGACACUGGCCAGACAUAACAGUGCUCAGCCCAGACAGAACAGAGAUAACGGUUCUGUUUUGUGUAUAUGUAUGUGUGCACAUAAGUGUCUGUUUGUGUGUUUUUGCAUGUGUGAUUUGGGAUAUUAUUUAUUUUCCUUAACACAAAUUUUAAUUGCAUGCUAAGCAAAGGCAUAUUAAUGAAAAACAAUAUAAUACAUUAAAAUAAUAUAAAAAAUAAAGGGAUAUAAUUUUUAAAUGGAGAACGAUUCAGUAGCUAAAACAAAAUUAUAUAUUUUUAUCUUUAAAUGCAUUAAUAUAGGAAUGGAUGGAGUAAUUCUAAAAAUGAUUAAAUAUAAUUUCAGAGAAGAUGUCUGAGUUAAAGGGAUAGUUUACCCAAAAACAAAAAUCCUGUCAUCAUUUACUCACCCUUGUUUUGUUUCAAAACCGUAUGACUUUAGAAAUGUUAGGUAACGUAAACUUUAGGGUUAGAAACGACAUGAUAGUAAGUAAAUAAUGACAGAAAUGUCAUUUUUGAGUGAACUGUCCCUUUAAUGUGCUAGGAUGGCAUGAUCUUAAGUGUUUGGAGCAUCUGUAACUGCUGGAGAUUUUUUCAUUUUGUGUUAUUUUCCAGAGUGGCAUUGAACCUCAGUAGCUUUAUUGCUAAAGAGGAUAUUUUAUACCAACACGUAGAUAACACAUUGCAUGAUGAAUAAGCUCUGCAACACACAUAAAUGUGACAAUCAGACAAGCACCUGCACACUGAUCCAUUCACAACCAUUUCUGCAUUCCUAUUCAUUCUUGCAUUUCCUUCAGACUGUACUAUUAUAUGAUGAAAUAUAUCAAACCUGUGCUUCAUUUAUCAUGAAACAUGUCUAUUUAAGUUUGUUUAUAUGUAUAAAUGGGUCUUUUUCAGUAUUUUUCUUCUUUCUUUCCAUGUUUAAUCCAUUUUGUCUCACAUUGUGAGGGGUUAUGAUAUUUUACAUUUAUUUGCACCUGCUGUGACAGCAGGCCUGGAUGCUGUUCAGCAAAAUGGGUAGAAGAAAAGUGUGUUUGAGAUGUGUGUGAGAGAAUAUGUGUGUGUGGAUUUCUGCUUGUGCAUGUGUUUUUUGUUUGAUUUAAUUUUUUAGUUUUAUGUAAAACAUCUUUAUGCACAGUUUAUUUUCUGAGUACUUUUUGAUUAUGUUGUAAGUGACUCAAAGCAUAACCAUAGAAGCAGAAAGCGAGAGCAGGUUUAUGUUUCUGCUGAUGAGGGAGACAGAAGUGAAGCCACACCAGGACUGCAUGAGCCAAUAAAGCAAAAACAGUCACCCAGUUUAUUUUUGUAUCAUUUUGUCAUCUCUGUCUUUUAAACAUAUAAACUUCUAAACAGAGGACACAAUCUC